CUUACAUUCAUGGUAAGGUUUCUUGGCAGCAUUGCUGAAUGAAUGUUUAGCUAAGACUGUCUUGUGAUUUCAUUGUGGGUUUUUUUGUACAUUUUGUGAAGAAAAAAUAAAGAGUGGAAAUGCAGUUGCAUAUAUCGCCGAGCUUGAGACAUGUCACUGUAUUGCCUGGAAAAGGUGUUAGGGAGUUUAUGAAAGUGAAGAUUGGGUCGAGGAGAUUGUCGUAUCGCAUGGUUUUCUACUCAGUUUUGCUCGCUGCGUUUCUUCUCCGGUUUGUGUUCGUGUUAGCUGCUGUUGACAACAUUGAUGGACAGACGGGUUGUUCGACUAUAGGCUGCUUGGGGAAAAGAUUAGGACCAAGAAUCUUGGGAAGAAGAGUACUCGAAUCCACUGUGCCAGAAGUGAUAUAUCAAGUACUGGAAGAACCUGUUGAUCAAGGUGGAGUUCAAUUAGGACCAGAAAUUCCUCAAACUCUAGAAGAUUUUAUUGCAGAAAUGAAGGAUGAACGGCCUGAUGCCAAAACUUUUGCUGUCAAGCUCAAAGCUAUGGUCACACUCCUCGAACAGAGAACAAGAACAGCAAAAAUCCAGGAAUACCUGUAUCGACAUGUGGCAUCGAGUAGCAUACCUAAGCAGCUGCACUGCCUUGCUCUAAAACUAGCAAACGAGCACUCUAUCAAUGCCAAUGCCCGCCUCCAACUUCCCUCAGCAGAAUUAGUCCCUGCCCUCGUUGAUAACUCAUUCUUUCACUUUGUUCUUGCCUCUGACAACAUCCUUGCCGCAUCUGUUGUUGCAUCAUCCCUUGCUCACAACUCAUUGCACCCUGAAAAGGUUGUCCUACAUAUAAUAACAGACAGAAAGACCUAUUAUCCAAUGCAGGCAUGGUUCUCGCUCCAUCCUUUAACACCCGCAAUCAUUGAGGUUAAAGCAUUGCACCACUUUGAUUGGUUUACAAAGGGGAAGGUCCCUGUCUUGGAAGCAAUGGAGAAAGACCAAAAAGUACGCUCCCAGUUUAGGGGAGGAUCAUCAGCCAUUGUGGCAAAUAACACAGAGAAACCAUAUGUUAUUGCUGCUAAGUUGCAGGCACUAAGCCCCAAGUACAAUUCCGUGAUGAAUCACAUUCGUAUACAUUUGCCAGAGUUGUUUCCAAGUCUUAACAAAGUAGUCUUCCUGGAUGAUGACAUUGUGGUUCAAACUGAUCUUUCACCGCUAUGGGACAUUGAUAUGAACGGGAAAGUGAAUGGAGCUGUGGAAACAUGUAGGGGAGAAGACAAAUUUGUAAUGUCAAAGAGAUUCAAAAGCUAUCUGAAUUUUUCUCAUCCUCUAAUAGCAAAUAGCUUUGAUCCUAAUGAAUGUGCAUGGGCCUACGGCAUGAAUAUAUUCGACCUAGAAGCUUGGAGGAAAACAAACAUAAGCCGGACAUACCAUUUCUGGCUUGAAGAGAAUCUGAAGUCGGACCUAAGUCUAUGGCAGCUAGGAACCUUACCUCCAGGUCUCAUAGCUUUCCAUGGCCACGUCCACAUUAUCAAUCCCUUUUGGCACAUGCUGGGAUUAGGGUACCAGGACAACACAACCAUUGAGGACGCAGAAAGUGCUGGUGUCAUCCAUUUCAACGGUCGAGCAAAGCCUUGGUUAGAUAUAGCAUUUCCACAGCUGCGGCCUCUAUGGACAAAGUAUGUUGACUUCUCUGACAGAUUCAUAAAGAGCUGUCACAUAAGAGCAUCUUAGGAAAUACACAGUGAUGGAGAACAUUUUUACCCUUUUAUACCUGUACAUGAGAGAGCAGGACAGACAUCGAAAGUUCUGCAGAAACAUAGGAAUCUCUUGCAGAGAUGAUAACAGCCACAGGACUCAAAAUUUUGGGAACUCUUUCUUGGUUCUGAGUUCUUAAAUAUAUCACAAAUUUAUUCAAUUUUUCAUUUGUUCAGAAGGAAUAAUCAAUUUAUUCUGUGAUCAUCAGAUCUUAGUCGUUACACAUUGCAGACAACAAUUCUAUCCUCUAAAUAACAGAAGUUGGUCAGU